ACACUCGGCUGUUCUCGGCCACACUCGGCCGUUCUCGGCCACGCUCGGCCGCACUGGGCUCUUCGGCCGUACCUGACUCUGCUCCGCGGUGCAAUGGCGGCCGGUGGCAGGGCGCCGCUCCCCGGCCUGAGCCCCGUGAGGGGACAGAGCGCUGGGACAGCCGCCUCAGCCCGGGUCACCCAGUCCCUGCCGCCCCCGCGUCCCUCGGAGCGCGCCCUGCAGCGCAGAACGCGGCCUGGGAGCCAGGAGCGGGGACAAUCCCCUCGGCUCGGCAGCAGCGCCGGGAGGCAGCGGGCGGUGCCCUCAGGGCAGGACAAAUCAUCAAACUCCUCCCAUCUUUGCCAAAAGCUUUGGUGUUUAAGCAGCCAAAGGCAAGAGGCUUCAGCAGCAGGGGUCUGCGCUGGAGGGCUCUGGUCCUGCCCGUGCUGUGGGUCAGCAGGAACAAGGGGGAAUGUGGUGCCAGAGCUGUGGCCCAUCAGGCUGCGUUUCCCUCUGGGAAAGCAGAACAGUCUCUGGGCUGAGGAGAAAACCUCCCAGCAGAGACAGAUUGCAAUGGAGGCCAGAGUUGUGUUUGGAGCAGGGAGUGCUGAGAGCUGCGUCUGCCUGUGCUGCCACAGCCUGACCACAGGCACAUGGAACAGCCUGGGAAAAGGGAUUGGGGGCAUUUCUGAUGCCCCAGUGAGAAGAACACAAACUCACAGCCAUUCAGCCUGA